AUGUCUAGUGAAAGUGAACGUCGAAUUUAUGAUCUACGUAAUUUAGUCAAUGGCCUUUAUAAUCUUGGACAAACGAUAGGUACAGGUCAUUUUGCUGUUGUAAAACUUGCUCGACACGUUUUUACACAAAAAGAAGUUGCUGUUAAAGUGAUCGAUAAAACAAAAUUAGAUGAAAUAUCUAAAGCUCAUUUAUUUCAAGAAGUACAAUGUAUGAAAUUAGUUCAACAUCCAAAUGUUGUUCGUUUGUAUGAAGUUAUUGAUACCCCCAAUAAACUUUAUCUUAUUUUGGAAUUUGCUGAUGGAGGUGACAUGUACGAUUAUAUUACAAGGCAUGCUAAUGGUCUUAAUGAAUCAUUAUCACGAAAAUAUUUUCGACAAAUAUGUCGAGCACUUAAAUAUUGCCAUAAAAUGUACGUGUGCCAUCGAGAUCUUAAACCUGAGAAUAUAGUUUUCUUCGAAAAACAAGGUGUUGUCAAAUUAACGGACUUUGGUUUUUCUAAUCUCUUUUCACCCGGCAAAAAAUUAUUAACAAGUUGUGGAUCUCUUGCAUAUUCAGCACCUGAAAUUCUUCUGGGUGAUCCAUAUGAUGCACCGGCAGUUGAUAUUUGGAGUUUGGGUGUGAUCUUAUUUAUGCUGGUAACCGGUCGUGCACCAUUCCAAGAAGCUAACGAUUCCGAAACAGUGAUGAUGAUACUUGACUGUUCUUACAAAGUGCCAUCACAUAUUUCUUCUGAAUGUCAAAGUUUAAUCUAUCGAAUGAUUGUACGUGAGCCCGAAAAACGUGCAACACUUGAUGAAGUUAUAUCCGAUAUAUGGUAUCGACAAUGUGAAGAUGACGACAAUAAAGAGCAACAUCGUAUUGACUCUCUACGAUUAAUAUCACACGAAGAUCACGAAUUGAUUAUUCAACAAAUGAUUGAUGGAAAUAUAGCUGACAAAGAAACAAUAUCAACAGCUUUAAAUGAUAAUCAAUAUAAUCAUAUGACAGCAACAUAUUAUCUACUUGCUGAGCAAAUUUUAUGUGCUAAUUUUGACAAAGAAGAACGAAAUGUUAAACGACAACGAUGUUCGUUACAACCAGCAGAUGAUCCAUUUAAAGAACAAAUCGGUGUUUUUAUAUCGCAAACAAUGAGUUCUACAAAAGAAAAUGCAUCACCGAUUUUAACAACGCCACGACAUUCAUUUGAUUCAUCCAGUGAACAAGUUGCAUCAGUUGAAAAUGAUGAUGAACGACUAUCUUUACAACAACGUGGAAUCAAUACAAGUAUUCCAGGAACACCAGCACAAGCUAUGAAAAUUAUACUCGAGGAAGAUGAAAAUCCAGAAUCCCCACAGCUAGAUGUAACAGGUGCAGCUAUCCUACAGUCGAUUAACUUUCCAAAACUAAAUAAAAUUAUUGAAAAUGAGGAUGAAGAUGAUAGAUCAUCAGAAGCAACUGCAACUCCUCUUCUCGAAAACUCGACCACAACUAGUGGUAUUCUGCGAUCAAAAGAUUUGCGUUCUGCAGUCGAAAUAAAACGGCGAAAUUUUUCUCAUAGUUGCUCCAGUUCUGAUAGUGAAGAUAAUGGAAGUAGCUACGAUAUGAAUCGUCUUGUUAAUUCAAAGCAUACACGUUCACCAAAUUCAUUUCAAGAAUCUGAAUCUAUAAUUAAACAUCGUGGCAGAUCAAUGAGUAAUAUUGAAAAUAUCUCACGUGAAAUUCCCCAUAGUAUUCAACAGCAAAUAAUGCCAACACACAAUAGCGAAAGUAUGAAACGUAAAAAUUUUUCACGAACGAGUUCUAUUACUUCAACUAAUCGUUUAAUAAUCAACCAUGUUAAUGAUGGUAUGAAUGCAGAUUUAACAAAUAGUUCAACAUUAAUCAAUGAUCAUACGCGUAGUUUAUCAACAGAACAUCGCUUUGCAAAUCCAUCACAAAUGUCAAUUGCUUCACGAACUUCCAUACGUCAUUCAACUCCACGUGAAUCCAUUGUAUUUACAAAAACAGAUGCACCCAAUUUUAUACGUUUAUUGCAACAAAAACAACAUCAAGAUAUACAGGAUGUGAUUCCAAUUACUAAUGAAACUUCUCGUUUACUAUCGACAUCAUCAAAUCUAGAACAUGUUCAUCCUCCGAUUAUUGCUGAAGAAGAUAUUUCAUCACAAGUAACAUCAACAUCAACUAGAAAUAUAAACUCACCUUUCACAAUAAAUACCAAUAAUAAUGAAACAAAUUCUGAUUUUAUUAUCCCAUUAAUAGAACAUGAUAAUAUUGGCAAUGCCCACGCAUUAAAAUAUCCACAUUCAGUAUUAUCAAGAUUGAAAUAUUCACUCACAAAACAAAAAGCAAAAUCUAGUGUAGAACAGUCAACCAAUAUAAAUGCUAAACAGAAACGUUCGUCCAAUAAACAUGGAGCUUGCUGUACGAUUUCAUAA